AUGUCAGGGUACAACGAUGUCGAUCUUUACAUAACCAUGCACGCGACAUUUAACGGAGCUUACCUUCACGGAGCCUUACAACAGCUCGUUGACGUGCCGCCGGACCCAGGACCGCCGAGAUCCAACACGGCUAUUCUUCCAGUGGAGACGACGUUUGGAGGGACACGGAUUAAGAUCAAUCAGAACACCUACUUGCAGAUUACCACUGUUGGUGACGUGGAUUUGAAUCGGGUUAGUUUUUGUUGCCAGUAAUAUUUAAAUUAUCAGUCUUUUUCAUGAAAAACGAUUGAAGAGAAAGAAUAAGCCAAAUCUGUUUUACCAAUUGCUUUUGGAAUUCUACCGAUCACUUCUCAGUACUUUCUAAAAGCCGAGAUUCUGAUUUGCUACAAAUAAAAUCUUCUAAAAUCCAAAACUGUUGCAGGUAGACAACCACAUCACUCUCCGUCCGCCAGUUCUGGAUCGACCGAAUGUGUUCUUCAACCGCAUGGAGGAUCGUGUUCAACAAUGGCAAGAGCCUUGGAUUCGUCGGAUGAGAGAGCACAUCAACGAACGGGAACGAAGAGUAGCAGCUGCCGCCAGAGAUGUGAGUUUUUACCAUCCUUUUCUUAAAACAUUUUAUUCGGGAAAGCCAAUCACGAUAAUUCGGGGUUAACUGUGAAUAUUGCUAAACUAUAAUCACGUGGUGAUGGUUUUCGAACCGAUGCAACCAGAAAACACCAGAUUAGGACCUAUUGCAUCGGCAGUUUCAUCCUAAAACAACUGCUCCUAUGUAGAAUCAAGCCACUCUUGUUUCCGUUUCCCAGACUUGCAACGGGCUGGGCCGUGUCAGUUUGAAAUAUCAAGUGACCACAAAAACUGAAUUUGUUAAUGAGUUCACAAAGAGUUGCACAGCUACAUGCUCACAACAUUUAAACGGGGAAAAUUUGAAUAAGAGAAUAUUGGAAAUCAUCCUCUCAUCUCUAAAAACCCCCCAAAAUUUGCAGAACAACGUUAUGGUGCAAGAAUUGCAAGCGGUCGGAGUCAACUAUGUGCCACAGCUUGGAGUGCAUCACAACUUCCCAGCUAUUCAGAAUCCGUAUGCAAUUUUCCAUCCUCCAGUCGUCGAAAUGCGCAACAUGAACAUCAAUCGACGGCAGAAUGAACACGAUCGACGGGACGAAGACGGGGAAAGCGAGCAGGACGAUUAG